CCACUGAAAUCAGUCUCGACGUCCACUCCGCGCGGUCCGCCUGUCGUUUACCGCCACGACAAACAAUACUAACCUUUAUUUAUAUUAACAAAUUAAUUCCAAAUUCGCAUGUGACUUGCCGUGGCCCGGUGUUUUUUCCGUUUAUUUUAUUUUAUUUUUCUAGCGGGAAACGACGAUACGCCACCGUCGCAUCGGUUCGAAAUUUAAAGUGUUUCGGUGAAGGGUGAACUAUUUAUUUGGUGUGAAUUAAAAGGAUUGUAAACUAGGAUUCUUUAUAUGCAAGAAUUGGCUACACUUCCCACACACAACCGAAGCAACCGAUCGAAUAACGACAGAAAAGCAAUCCGUACAUCAUAGUACGAGGCCAAAGACCGCGGACGUUCGGGACACGUCCCGAAUUGUGAAAACGACGUUGGUGACGUCACAACAUGGCGUCUACCGACACAUCGACCUCCAGCAGUCAAGUAUCCGCCGUAGUUUCUGAGGAACACAAGCGAACCGUUGACGAGGCAUUCUUAAACAGAUUAAAAAGCCUGGUCGAAAGGUUACGACUUGAUAAUGCGACCUUGAAAAAGUCGCUCGACAUCGAGCGGAGCGAAGUCAGAGCACUUAAGGCACAGCACGAAAGCACACUGAGGAACUUGAAGACUGAGUACAAAAAGAAAGAGGAGUUUUUAGAGAAGCAGCUAAGAACAGUACCAAAACCCGAAAAAGUUAGCGAGGAGAUACAGUCAUGUAAUAGAUUAAUAGAAAUUAAGAAGUUAACUACAGAAAUUCAGUCUUUGAAAUCGGCGAAUAAGGGUCUUCAAGAAAAACUCAAGGUUGCACAAUCGGCGGAGUGCGCGCGCGCGGCCGAGCUACGUGCGCAGGCGGCCAAGCAUGCGGCGUUGGAGCAAGCUGCGCGAAAAGAUGCGCGCGCGCAAUGCCAUAAACUGCUGGAGGAAAUAAAAUCGAAGGAGAGGGUGAUAAUACAACUGAGGAGGGAGGCGGCGCGGACGGCGGCCUCUCAUCAAAACGAUCAGACGCACAAAAUGGAGUGCGGAACGAGUGAACUCAGCAGGAAACUGCGUGUUGAUCAGGGCAAAGAGAAAACAAACCGCGAAGAUUUAAAAACCGACAUACAGCACAGAAAAGAAACCUUCUACAGGGAGCCCCCUUCUGAUGAGGAUUCAGCAGUGUCCUCUGCGCCCGCCUCGUUGUCACCCCAACCGCUCAACGAUAUGUGGUCAUGCGGGCAGUGCCGCGCGACAGCUGAGCGCGCGUCGGCGGCAGCACGCGAAUGCACGCGCCUCGCUGACGAGUUGCGCGACGCGCGCGACCAGCUCGAGCUCAUGGAGUUCAGGGUGUUGGAACUGGAGGAUGCGCAUCCUAACAAGGGUGCUAGGGAUAACCUAACAGACUCCGACUCAGGCUGCGUGUCCCCUGGCUCCCGCAUCAAAGACUCCGCUUCACCAGAGCUCAAACGGAUGGAUUCAGGGUACAAAUCGCCCCAUACCCCGAGUAGUCCAUGCAACAUUAGGCGACACUUAGGCACACCACAUGAUGAUUUUAAAGAGGACUUUGCGAAAGCACAAGUCUUGGCCGAUAUUUUAGAUAGAAACUCAGAGAACAGUGAUUCCUUGAAAAGUAAUCCAGUCAAGGAGCAUUUAGAACAGAUGAUCCUAAAUGCGGCGUCGGCAGAAGACAGAUCGUGUUUAGAGCAAGUCUUGAUGUUGCUGUACAAUUUUCAAGCGUUGAGCAGUUCUGUUAGCGAAGAUGAAUGCUAUCAGACAAAACCGAAGAGAAUAUGUGAUCUGAAACCAAAAUCCGAAACUGACAUUCCAUCGCACAAAACUCAGAAAGCAAUCGCGACAGUCACACCUUAUCAACAAAAAGGCCUUAAAUGCGAAUCGCUUGAGAGUCUCUGUAGCGAAGAAAGGAAACCCAAUAAUAUACUACAAGAGAGUGGAAUUUUCGAAGGAGUCGAAACUGAGUCAAAAAGUACUCAGACUGAUGUCAACGAAAGUUUCGAAUGCACAGGUGAACUAAAUACUGAAAUACAACGACUGAAUAGUAUUAGAGAGAAACUUGAAAGGCAAGGUGUUAGAAAUAGGACAUUAACUAGUAAGGACGAUGGAGACAGCCUGGAGUGCAGGUGCGUGAAGUUGGGGAAGAAACAUAAACAGUAUUACGAGAGGAGGCUAAAGUUUUUGGAAGGAAAGAUCUCUAUUUAUGAGGCUGCGCAAGACGUCAAAGAAUCGAAGCUAGCUCAGAGGUUACAGAAGGAAUUUUUGCUGGAAAAUAGGAUACAGGAUCUCGAAUCACAACUUUUGGUACUCCAAGACAAAUAUGAGAGGUUAGAAGAAGAAUGUUGCGAAUUAGAAGAAAUUGAAAAUGAUACUCGUCUACAUUGGCAACAACUUGAGAUGGACUACGAGCUGUGUUCAGCGCAAUUAAGAGAUAUGACAGAGCAAAGGGAAUGUUCUAGAGCCCAGGCUGAGAGGCUGAUGGCUGAGCUCUCUAAAAGGGAAUGUGCUUUAAAAACUAGAGAAAAUGAACUUCUCACAAGGUUAGAUAAACUUGAGAAAGCAGUGCCUGCGUUAAUAGCGUGGAAUGUUGUGCAAACCAUUGGAGCUAGCUUAUCUUCUGGUGGACAGCGUAUACUCAUGAACCGAAUGUGCCCCUAUAGUCAAGACACGAAAGCGUUCAUAUCUCAGGUGAAGCAAGAGUCACAUAAAGAUCAAACUUGUGGAGCGUUAGUUGCUUGGAAUGAUAUUAACACAUCACCAGCCCCCUCGGUGAUGGAGUUACAACAGCAGAUAAGACAACUUAUAGGCGAAAAGAAGCAAAUAGAAGAACAAACAGCACAAUUAAGAAAUACUCUUGAAGCAAGAGUAAAAGAUUUAGAAGAAGAAUUGGAGACAGCUAAGAGACAAGUUGCGGCCACUGUUUGUGGUGCUGAGGUUAAGAAAGAAAAAAUAGAAGAGAAGAUCCAGGAAAUAGAAGAGAAGAUCAAAAAGGAGAAAGAAGAUGAGCAGUUACUCGUUGACCCAGCGAUGGGUAGUAAGAUUCGUGCUCUGUUGAUCAGCGAACAAGAGCUGAAAAACAGGGUUGCGGAACUUGAACGAAGGGAAACGGCGUACUUGGAAAUGUUAACUCAAGCGGACGACAUGUGGGCUGAAAUGGAAGGAGGUUAUAAGAAGAAGAUUGAGGAUUCACAAGCUAUGGAAACUCAGCUGAAAGGAAAGGUCAAAAAACUAGAAUCAGAACGAGAUCAUUGGAAGAAAUGUCUCGAGCCCUUAAAGAAGAAGUUGAAAGAAGUAGAAGAGUCAGAAUCUGGUAUGCGUGUGGCCCUCGAGAAAGCCGAGAGGGACACUCAAGUGCUGAAGACGCAGAACACCAACUUAGCAGCUAUGUUCUCUAAAGCCGAUGCAGAAGCUAAAAAAUCUGAAGCAGCAUUUAAGACCCUUGAUGCGAAAUUUAAGAAGGAAAUAGAACAACUUCGAAAAGUAAAUAGACAAUUAGAUGACGACUUGAAAAGUCAAAAGGAGUUUUCUAAAAAGACCGAGAUGUCCUUUAUGGGAGAUUUGGAGUGUAUCAGAAGAGAACUUAAUAGAACAUGCAAAAAUAAUCAAGAGCUAGAAGUAACCAACAGCGAAUUGAAGGAAGAGGUCGAAUCUCUGGAAAAGCAGUUAGCGUUGACGCAGAAAGCUUUAACGCAGUGCAAGAGAAAAUGCGAUGAAAAACUAAAGACGAUAAGUCACGAGCUGUCCAUUAAAACUGAGGAGUUGGAGGAGAUGAGGAGUGAAUCUAUGAGGCAGACGUAUCACGCGUCUCGGGUUGAGUUGAAGCCAGAGAGAACGGAGUACGUAGACGAAGGAUAUUCGAUAUAUACGGCAGUACCGAAGAAGGUAGAUUACGGAAGAAUGCAUCAUAGUAUGAGCUACAUAACGUCCGAUUCGCGUUGCUCGUGUCCAUCGAUGAGGAGUCAGCUAGUCAGCCAACUGAUCGAAGAUUUAUUUGAACGGAUACACAACACAGUUGACGAUGAUUUAACGAAGUUAUGUGAAGAGAUCUCUCCGUUAGGCAGAGAUGUGACUGUUGAAACCAAAGCGAAAAUCACAAAUUACCUCUUAAUGGCGAUAUCGAAGGAGCUCGUUAGGUCCAUCGGAGACGCUGAUGCUAAGACUGAUACAGAGGAGUGGCAGCGCGCGGUGUCGUCGGUGACAUACGCGAGCGGGGGGAGCUCGGCUAGCGACGCGGGCGCGGCGGGCAACGCGGGCGUGGUGCGCGGCGCGGCGCGGCUCGCCAGCGUGGCGUGCGCGUGCGCCGCCGCGCGGCUUUGUGCCGCGCUGCCUGCGCUCGCCGACGCCGUCAACGUCUGCCAGCAGGAAGUUUUGGAUCACGGCGACGUUAAGAUUAUGGAGGAACAAUUAGCUAAUGCCAUUGAAAGUAUAGUUAAUUGUCCAUCUUGUGCGUUGGGUACAAAUGCGAUAGUUUGGAGCACGGACGUCUGAUGCAGCCAAUCGUGCGAAGUUAUGUAGAUGUAAACCUCCACCGACCUCACUCUGGUGCCUUCAUUAGUUUAGCCAGUAUAUUUACGACGUGUAAAUAAAUUUGUAUCAUAAUAAUACUCUUUAAUAUUAAAUAUAAGCGAAACAUAUCGAACAAGCGUACCUACAUUUCGAAUAUAAGAAUUCAAUUAUUUUCGACGUGUUUUAUCAAUUUUUUUAUUUUAUUUAACUCAUCGUUUCCGUGCCAACUAUUUUGAAAUAGUAUGUAAAUAGAUGUCUCUGUUUUGACGAAUCAGUGUUUAUUUUUACCUAACAUCACUCACAAAUUAGAGAUUUGUAACAUGACUACUUUGUAUAUUAUUAAAAAUGUUUUAAUUGCGAUAAAAUUAUUUCAUUGAAUUACAAUGUGUAUUUAAUUUUGU